AUGAAUGACAGCAAUGGUAAUACCAUCUACGGGAGAGAACAAUGUACUAUUGAUGUGGAUGGAUAUUUUCAACAAGUGACAAUUACAUCUCUCUCUGUUAAACAAAUGAUUACUUUGGAUUGCGACUAUAAGAAAUUGGCGAAACAUCUAGGUGUGCAACAUUUAUCAAUUAUUGGAGUUAAAUUACAAAGAAUGAAUAUUUGGUUGGCAUUUCCGACAAUUAGCAUCUUUGAAGCUUUUGUAGUUGAUUUGAAUCAAGUACAUCUUUCAGACAACGAUAUGACCUCAAUAGAUCCACCUUCUCGAACGCUCUCAUUUUCACAAAGUUCAAUCAAAAAUUCAACCAUUUCUGUCCAAAAUAGGCGUUGGAUAAAAAUCACUUCUAGUAACAUUGCAAAUUCAACCAUCUCGUCCAAAAUUGCCUCUAAAAUUUCUCUUUCAAAUUGCAGAAUUGAGAAUUUUCAAUUCACAGUAGAUGAUCGAAUACUGGCUCUAAGACAACAGAAUAUUUAUUUUAGUAUCAUUAAUUGUCAAAUUAUUCAUACCAUAUUUAUCAUUUAUGAAUUUAACAAUACCAUUUUCGACAAUGUACAAUUUUAUGGAAGUAACAUUGUUCAACAUUUAUUUUCCUACGAGACAACUUAUUCGAGGGUUUCCGUCAUUGACAAGGCAAACAUUCGUUUUCAUGGUGUCACAUUUGUUUCUCUCAUUGGAUGUACAUUUAGCAAUUUGGAAGCAUUCGAUCAAUCUAACAAGUAUCUCAUUAAUGUGGAGACAAUCUCUGGAUAA